AUGUCAAAUUUCGUUUUCGUCAACCCAAGCUGCGUUUGUUUCAAUAAUGAUUGUAAUUUUUGCAUUGAAAUAAGUAUUUCAAUACAUAAUUAAAAUGGCCGAAAAACCACCAGAAGAAGGCUACAUAUCAGUGGUUGACGAUGAGCCAGAGAUACUCGAGUUGCUAAAGUGGGAUUCUUCGCAAACACACAAACAACAAGAGACAAGGAGUUUGGAGAAAGCAAAAAGUCCAGAGAAAAAACUUCCGAAGGCGAAAGAGGAUCUAGAUCCGUUUGAUUUGACUGAUCCCGCGUUUAUAGAGACGUAUCGUCUCUCUAAAGAUUUAGCGCGAGGUUUAUGUGAAGAAUUAAAACCCGUUAUGCCAGAUUCGACAAAAUCCAUUGAGUUUUCUGUCGAAUGCAAGGUUAUGGCAGCUUUAUCAUUCUAUGCAACAGGGAAGUAUCAAAAAUCAGUUGGAGGCAAAACUGACCCCAAUAUCACCCAAUACUUUGUUUCUACGGCUGUAAUGCAGGUCACAGAAGCUAUAAAUCACCCUACAAUUGUGAAGAAAUAUAUUCAUUUUCCUCAUCUGAGGAAUGAGAGAGAUGUUAUUAAAACCAGGUAGUCCACAUUACACACAGAAACCGUACCUCAUGACACCAGUCCCGAGGAUCACAAAGAAGUCCCCAGUGUCACCUGAGAAAUACUACACAAAUGUUCACAGUCAAACGCAUCAGUCUGUAACGGAUACCAUUAAGCACCUUAAAUCUCGAUGGAAAUGUUUACAGGCAACUUGCAACAAACAGUUUGAUCCCCAGACAGUGUCAAUGUUGAUCGUAGCUUGCUGUGUGCUUCAUAAUAUUUGCAACAGACAAGGCCUUCCUGUAGUACCAAUGACACAAACCGAGGAGAGGCUUGAGGCCAUGAAACAGAAAGUGGCGAACAGUCCGAUAUCAAGGAAGCAAGUAGAAGACCCGAAGGGAGUGCAAGCUAGAGCGAUAUUAGUUGAUAGAUUAUGGAAUGAGCGUAGAAUCGCUCCAGAGUCCUGCGCUGGACCGAAGAAACGUCAGAAGAAAGAUAAAGUUGUGGAGAGUCAUCCGCCUCAGAUGAACCAUCAGCAGAUGAUGCAGCCUCAAAUGCAUCAUGAAGACCCGAGUAAAAGACCGAGAAUUGUAAUGAAUAAUCCAACGUAUUGUUUAGGAAUGGCGCCAGGGUGGGGGCAUUAUCCCCAAAUUUAAGUCUAUCAGUAUUAAAAUAUAUAUAGGGUGUAAUAAGGAGGGUUGGAUCAUCUGAAGUAUGCGAUGGGGGAUCUCAAUGACUGUCAAUUUAUUAUUAUUUUUAUUAUAUGGCAAUGGGCGAACAGCUUAUAGCUGAUAUGCCUAUAUUUGUGUUGGUGUUUUAUAUUAGACCAAAUCCACACUAAGAACACACUAAAUUGGAUUGUCUUUACACCAUUUGUACAGUUUGUUUUUAAUACUAAUCACAGAGGGAGCAUCUACCACAUCUUGAGGCAACUUGUUCCAUAAUAUGUUUAUGAUUCUGUUGUAUAGUGUGUGACACUUCACAUUAGUGUAUGAGCAGGUGUGAGCCAAUCUCAUAUAGUGGGGAUGUCUAGGUCGGUGGAUACGGCUGAUGUAAAGUAUGUGGCAGCCUCUUUGCAAUUAUAUAUGUUUGACCCUAAUGCUCUGCAAUAUUGUUUGGUUUAAAAGUUGUUUGAAGAUUUGGCAAAUUUGAGUUGAGAUCGAAAUUUAAUUUGGAAAAUUAAUAUCUGAGGGAUGACCACGUAGUUGUGCCAUUUGCUGCAGAGACUAUCAGUCGCCGCCGACGACGCUACACUAUUUUUUUAUUUUUUUUUUAUUGAUAGAACCACCAACGGAAUAACAUGUUGUUUUAAAAAAAAUGUGACAAUAGGCUUAGGAACUAAGAUUUACAUGUUUCCAUUUAAAGGUAGUUACAGCAUGUUUAAAAAAGACGUUAACUGUACGAUAACUUAAUAAUUGUUACAAGUACGAGUAAUAUACUAAUAUAAAACAAAUAAAACACAAUAAGGACAAUACGAAAUAUAUGAAAAUUAAAAAUAUAUAAAAAUAACAACAUUUAUAUCGGGUUUAUAUAAAGUUAUGGUAUAAUUUUUACUAUGAGUUAUUAAAUAGAUUGACAAUUUUGGCUCUAAAAGAUUUUAUACUAUCGCUAAAUAAGUCAAUAGUCUUAUCUUUAAGGACACAUUCGUUAUACAAUCUGCUUAUUCUCGGUAUAAGAGAGUGAUGACCAAGAUUAGUUUUAUACAAUUUGUGUUUGAGUAAGGGAAUCGAAAAACGCGGUACACGGCAGGGAACUUUGAACAAUAUUUGUGAUAGUAAUUCUGCAGAAUCUAUAGUCCCAUUUGUAAGCUUGUACAAAAAAACUAAAUCAUGUAGUUUACGUCUGUCCGAAAGUGAGUUUAAUUUUAGUUUUAGGAGACGAGUGGAUUAGGAUUCCAUAUGAUUACCACUAGAACAAUAUUGAGUGAAUCGUCUUUGAAUGCUUUCUAUACGAUCUUUGUGUAUUUGAUAAUUAGGGCUCCAUAUGAUGGUACCAUACUCUAAUUUACUUCUAACUAAGGAAGUGUUAAGAAGAUUUUUUGUUUUGAUUUUUUUAAAACAUUUUGAAUUCCUGUAUAAAAACCCGAGCAUUUUGCGUGCCGAUCUAUAAAUAUUUUCAAUGUGAAUAUUAAUUCUUAAUUUAGCAUCAAUUGUAAUUCCUAAGUCUCGGAUGGAUUCAAGCUUCUGAAGUGGAUUAUUGUUCAACGUGUAUUGGGUUUCUGAUGCAGUAUGCUUACGCGUAAAGUUGAUAUAUGAACAUUUAGAAGCGUUGAGAUCCAUGCCAUUUAACUUGCUCCAACGAGCAAUUACUAUACCGCGGGGAGGACUGUAUAAUAAUUAUAGAUUUUAGUUUUAGUUUUCUUCAUUACUAUAAUAAAUAUUAUAUAUUACAGUAUGCUUUGAUUCUUGCAGAUAUAUUAUUUAGUUUAGAUUAGUGUUUUUUUCUAAAUAUAAAAAAAUCAUAUAAUACUACGCCAUCUAAUCAGUCGGCUAGAGCGUUGUUAAGGGUGCAUUUGCAAAUCGGGCCAAAUUAUGCUGUUUUUCGGUACAUUUUGUGACAAAACUAAACCAAAUCAAAUAUAACUAAUAACUACAACGUAUAGAAUGGUUCUUUAUCUUCAAAUGGUGGUAACUUUUUUGUUGAAAAUAAUAGUUUUUUUACAUUGUAAUAAGGAUCUUCCCUAGCCAUUUAAAAAAAAUAACGAUACCAGCUGAUGUUUCGGUACAUUUUUUGUUCUAUUAUCAACAUAUAUUAAGAUUUCUAAAAAUACUGUAAGUAGGCGGACCUAUUCAGUAAAAAAUGCUGGUGUUUACUUUUUAUCAAAAUGUCACAAAUGGUCGUAAAAAAAAUAAAAACUGAUGCUUAUUUUUUGACAUAUUUUGCUGAUACGGAUGAAUCCUAAUGGAUUGUAAUAAGGGUUAUUUUAUUUUUAGUGCCUGUUUUGAUUUGUUGUACAAAAAUUUCGAUGAAACCACAGUCGGCGCUCGGCCGCCAUCGCGGGUGGUUGUUGUAUCGCCUGCAGCAGCUGAUUAAGAUCGCUGUACAAACACAAAAUAUUUGAAUUUGAUAAAUAGGUACCUGACCUGACAAAGUAAAGUAAUACAUAUGUAAUAUAAAUAUAUUUUUAUAAUCACAAAUUCUUAUUAUAAUGUUUUGUUUCGCUAAAAGCAAGUGGGAUUUAUAAUAUAUAAAUAUAUAUAAAUCAUAUUCGUCUUGGACUUUAUGGAGUGAUCUGCAAGUAUACGGUGAAUGCUACUAGAAGCCCAAACUCGGCACACCUAGUUCUACUCGUCCAGGAGUUCUAGUAGUAGUCACUGAAGUACACCAUCAGGUCUGUCCAUCAAGUCCGGAGGUAAGGUCUCGUCAUAACUAACAAAACUAGCCUAAACUCUGCACACCUACUUCUACUCGUCCAGGAGUUCCAGUAGUAGUCACUAAAUUACACCAUCAGGUCUCUCCAUCAAGUCCGGAGGUAAGGUUUCGUCAUAACUAACAAAACUAGCCCAAACUUGGCACACCUACUUCUACUCGUCCAGGAGUUCCAGUAGUAGUCACUAAAUUACACCAUCAGGUCUCUCCAUCAAGUCCGGAGGUAAGGUUUCGUCAUAACUAACAAAACGAGCCCAAACUCGGCACACCUAGUUCUACUCGUCCAGGAGUUCUAGUAGUAGUCACUGAAGUACACCAUCAGGUCUGUCCAUCAAGUCCGGAGGUAAGGUCUUGUCAUAACUAACAAAACGAGCCCAAACUCGGCACACCUACUUCUACUCUUCCAGGAGUUCCAGUAGUAGUCACUAAAUUACACCAUCAGGUCUCUCCAUCAAGUCCGGAGGUAAGGUUUCGUCAUAACUAACAAAACGAGCCCAAACUCGGCACACCUAGUUCUACUCGUCCAGGAGUUCUAGUAGUAGUCACUGAAGUACACCAUCAGGUCUGUCCAUCAAGUCCGGAGGUAAGGUCUUGUCAUAACUAACAAAACGAGCCCAAACUCGGCACACCUACUUCUACUCUUCCAGGAGUUCCAGUAGUAGUCACUAAAUUACACCAUCAGGUCUCUCCAUCAAGUCCGGAGGUAAGGUUUCGUCAUAACUAACAAAACGAGCCCAAACUCGGCACACCUAGUUCUACUCGUCCCGGACUUCCAGUAGCUGUCACCCAAGUAUACCUUCAAGUCAUUUCACCAAGUUCGGAGCUGAAGUUAUCAUAACUAACAAAACCAGCCCAAAGUCCACAGCCAACAUCUCACUCCCAGUAGAGGGCUUCUAGUGCCUAGAUGUCAAUGAGGCAGCCAUUUAUAUUUCGUAUCUACGUAUAUUUUUGUAGUUAUAAGAAAUAUAAAAAAAAAACCAUCUUGCAAAUUAUCAAAAUGUUUAUACCUUGAUUGCGAUUCCCGCAGCUAACCGUGCGUACACUUGUGUGUGUGACCCGUGUCAAUGUAAUAGUUCGAUUCUAUACCUAUCAAUUUUGUAAAGAGUGAGACUGAAAUAAGCUUCCCCGUAGAUUGCGUCAUAGAGAAAUAUUUGCUACAAUUGCCACAAUUGCCGGGCGGGUUAGCAACCACUGUUUUUAUUAUUAUUUUUAGCUGUUAUCAAAAUGCUGCUGCUCUAUUCCUGUUUCCGUUUCCCUCUGUGACUUAGAACUAAACUUACUGAACACAGCAUAGUUAACAUUAUACAGAAUUAUACAGGUUGUUAGGCGUCUGGACCGACAGGAUAUUUAAAUUUUUUUACCCUUUCCAACGAAUUGCUAUAUAGGAUUUUAAAUAUUAAACGUUUUUAGCUUGAAGGAAUUAUAACAAUUUAGCAUAUAUUCACAUUAUUUUUACGCUAGAGCAAUGAUGUUAGCUGUUUUAAAAAUUAUGUCCACUAUUUAAGUUUUUUUUUUAAAUAAUUAUAAGUCAAUGCUUGAUUAUCAUCCCACAUGUUGGUAUGUGGUGUUAUGUAUCCGAUGAUGAGAAAACAUACUAUCUUAGUUUAGCAAGAGCCUAUUAGCCUUUGAGACACCCACAUUACUAUCGGAUGGAAACAAAAAAAAAGUUUAAAACGUAUCAAGUCGAAGUGUUAUCGUUGUGUUGUGUCCCAGUAUUGCACCUCGAAAGAAUUACUGUUUUAUACAGAAACGAGAAGAGGUCUGUGCCCAACAGAUUUUAAUCACUGCAGCUAAGAAUUCCAAAUUCUAUCUCGAACUUGAAAAAUAGUAAUUGUACUAAAUUAAAAAAAGACGUCAAUUACCAUAGAAAGUGAGAACUUUUAAACAUACGUCACAAGGGUCGAAUCGGUAUUAAGUUUCUCUAUCGUCGUUUUGAAACGAUCCAUCUUCCUUGUUACAUUGUGUAUAUAACUUGUAAGCUAUUAUUAAAUAAGAUUUUUCAGAACGAACCUAUUACUGAAUUUAAUUUACGUUUUAUAUUUUAUUAUAGUGCCCUGCUCAUUAUUUUGAGUGAAUCAUAGUUAUUAUUGUAGAUUUUAUUGAAAUAAUUGUAAAAAUCAAUAUAUGAAUUGAAUUGUCGG